AUGGAGAUCUCUCGGACUCACUCACUCUCGGUCUCUCCGCUCCACUCUCGCUCACUCUCUGCGCUCCGCUGUCACUCACUCUCUCCGCUCUCUCUUGCUCACAGUCUCAGUCUCCCUCACACGCACUCUCACAAACAGUCUCGCCGCCCGUGCUCCCGCCGCUCUACUCCUCCGUCGAAUCCACGCUGCUCCUCAUCCUCCACAACUCACGCAAACACAGGAAGGAACCAAUUGAGUCCCAAAAUCCAGGACAAUCCCAAUUUCGAGGGUGAAACAUGUAGGAUAUGCAUGAAUGCAAUAAUCGACAGGGGUGUUCUCGAUUGCUGCCAGCAUUGGUUCUGUUUCUCAUGCAUUGACAAUUGGGCUACCAUUACAAACCUCUGCCCGCUUUGCCAGAAUGAAUUUCAAAUGAUCACAUGUGUUUCGGAGAGUGAUGCAAAUAAACAGUUAUCGCUUUAG